AUGGCCCCGUCGCCCCUAGCCAUGGCCCCUCGCGACCUGCCGCCCCUAACCGCAGCCCCGGUGCCCUGUUGCGCCAUGCAGUGGGGGGGAGGGUAUGGGGGUGGCGGGUGUGGCCAACCUGCUGUCGCCCGAGCGGCUCCUGCACCGCCCCUUCUCCUACCUCCCCCUGCUGCGGGUGCAGCAGUGGGGGGGAAGCGAUCUGCCAUCCCCCUGCUGCGGAUGCGGCAGUUGGGGGAGGGGACCUGCAGCACCAGCCCCCCCCCCCCCCCCCCCCCCCCCCCCUUCUCCUCCAUCUCUCUGCUGCGGGUGCAUCAGUGGGGGGGAGGGUAUGGGGGUGGCGGGUGUGGCCAACCUGCUGUCGCCCGAGCGGCUCCUGCACCGCCCCUUCUCCUACCUCCCCCUGCUGCGAGUGCAGCAGUGGGGGGGGAGGGGAUCUGCGGCACCAGCCCCCCCCCGCCCCCCCCCCCCUUUUCUCCUCCAACCCUGCUGCGGCCCUUGCUGCUGCCCUGCGCGCCCCGCGCGCCCUGCCGCCCUGCUGCCCUGCUGCCCUGUGCGCCCCGCGCGCCCUGCAGCCCUGUGCGCCCCGCGCGCCCUGCUGCCCUGCUGCCCUGUGCGCCCCGUGCAGCAGUGGGGGAGGGUAUGGGGGUGGCGGGUGUGUGA